GCGCCCAUAACUGGGCCGAGGCGAGCGGCGUCCUGAGCCUCCUCCUCAAGGGGACGCCGCGCGGGAGCUCGCUCCUCGAGGAUCGCAGGAACUUUUUGAUGAGGUGUUUGUUCAUAGGUCGCAAUGGAAAUUCAAAAGCGGCUCGGCCGGGGGAGCAACUAUCAGUUGAAGAUUAAGAAAAUGUAUGAGAUUUGGAUGAGCAAGCUCGCAUGGACGAAGAAGUGCUUCAAAAAAAGAUGUUUGAUUCAGCUGGAGCUAGCUUUUUUUUAUCUCUCACAAGGGAAUGUUCAAGAGGCACAUAAUACAACGAAAUUUCUUGUUCAAGAUCGUGAGUGUGCAACUGAGCCAACAGUGAACUUGAUACAUGGGUUAAUACUGUACCAUCUAUGGUAUUCCAGCCUCCCUGAGGAUAUGCAGAUUAAGGGCUUCGAUAUCCAGACAUCCUCAGAGGUGAAUCAUAUGGCCUUUAAUGAUAGUUAUGAAGAAGCUGAUAUGCUGGAAAGUUCAGAAGAUCACGAUGCAGUUAACAUUGAAGAUAAUAAAUUUUCUUCUCACUGUGCAUCAGAGAGCUCAAUUGGUAAUAACAAGGGUAUUUUCAUGGAUUACAAAAGUGAUGCACCGAGGAAGCAAUCAAAUGUUGCUCGUCCUGCAAAUGACUUCUAUAUAAGUGGAUCAGAAAUGAAUGCAGAGAGAGCUGCCUCUCCAAAUCUCCACAGCAACUUCCAGAACACCUCCAUUUUUCUUGCCCGUGGAUUGGACAAAACUUUAUUGCCAAUACAACUGAAGCAUCUUGAUGGGGACCUAGAGCAAUCCAUCUAUCUGUAUAGGAAAUUAGCAAAUGAGAACUACAAAGAUGCCGUCAAACAUUUGAGACUUGCUCUUCAUUCAACACCGCCAGUAAUGGCUGCCUUGUUGCCAUUGAUACAGCUUCUGCUGCUGGGUGACCGCGUGGAAGAAGCACUAGCAGAGCUUGAAAAUUCCUGCCUUAGUUCUACUGCAGCAAUUUCUUUCAGAUUAAGGGCUAGGCUACUGGAGUGUUUUUACAGCAAUCAAGCCACAACAAUUUCUAGUUGCUACGAAGAUGCUCUGAAAAGGGAUCCCACAUGCAUAUACACAUUGGAGAGGCUAAUCAAAAUGCACAAAACUGGAAGUUACAUCACGAUACAACUGAUGGAAAUGAUAGCUCUGCAUCUUGAUUCUGCUGAUGGGAAAUCUAACGUAUGGGAAGAGUUUGCAUCAUGUUUCCUAAAACUACUUACUGCUGGAAUUUCUGACUAUGAAGAUUGUAUCUCAACGAACAUACAGGGAGAUUUUACCAACAUAACAUCAUCUAACAAAAUACCUAAAGUUUUCACUGUGGGUCGAGCAAAAGAGACAUGGAAGGUUCGUUGUAGGUGGUGGGUGAACCGUCAUUUCAGUAAGAACGCCUUUUUAGCAGAAAUUCAAGCUGGGGAUUGGAAGCUUUUAGCUUCCAAAGCUGCUUGUGCUUCUCAUCUAUAUGGGCCAAAAUUUGAGUAUGUCAAAGCUGUUUGGAGUAGCCUUGUGAAGGAAGGAGGGGCCGAUCUGAUUAAAUCCCUGCACACACAUAUCCUAAAUACAGUUAAAUUACAUGAAAAUUUGGAAGGUGACAGCUCAAAGAAAUGAAGAAUUGUGCAAAGGUGGAUGAAAUUAUUUGCUGAUGCCACCUGAUGAAAUAUAAUUAUUAUGCAGCAGUAUGGGGACCAAGCACUGUUUCUGUGAAGAGUUUCGGGACAUAAUCGGUCAUUGCCGCCUUCACCUGCACCCAUCCGAGGCUACUUGUUGCUUUUGUGGUGCAACAACACAAAUUCUUAUGUUAUUAUAUAAUGUGCAAUAAUCGGGAAAAAAAAGUAUAUAAUGUGCAAUUAGUUACCAAUCUGGGGAGGCUCUGCAGAAAUAUGAAUUGCAGAUGGAAAGCAGAAGAGAAUUCUAUUAGUUUUUAUGCAUGUAUGUUUGUUAUUCUUUCUGAUCGGGAUUUGAGCGUACAGGCCACAAAACUUAACCAAGAAAAAUAUCAUCAGAAUCGUCAGACACAGAAUGGAGUUAUUCUGAUAGAAUCAUGCCAAUGUUGUCAACUUUUUUUAGUAGGAUAUUAGAACUGUUUCACCAUCACUCAUCGAUAGAACCUUUGCAACAAGUUUCAAUUUUUAUUUAAAUUGUGUACCUCAUCAAAACCGUUGCAAUGAGUUUCAUUUUUCUUCCAUAUUUUGUUUACCUCAACAAUCCAGACACCAGAUGAAAGAGUUCCGAUA